AAUUUCACACUCACUCGCUCAUAAGUUAGAACUUACAAUGCUAUUGGUCAAGGUGAACAGCCUUUUUACGUAUGAAUGAAUUCAAAUUAAUGAGCUACGUAAUGCAGUAAACCUCGGCCUUAUUCUUUCUGGCUGUCGACGAAGACACACGUUUAGUUACGAGAUUCAGUUUUUCAUUUUUACACGUGCCUCGAAAACUAAAAAGAUGGACGUUUUUCUCAUUUGGACUUAGUUGUUCCUUUGAAUUAGUGUUCAACAACUACUUAUUUAUUCAAUAUGGAUAAACAAAAUAGUCCAGUUAAGGGACGUCAAGGAAAUAGCCCAGUCAAGGGGCCAACAACUGAUAGCUCAGUGAAGGAGCAAAGGAAGAAAUCAACUUCAGGGAAAGAAGUAAGACCAAGUGGUUCUAAGGAUAUUGACUCUAUUAGUGAAAACAGUGGUCAUGAGUCUCCUGCUAGCAUCUCAGAUGGUGAUAAUCAUUCUGUAAGAUCUUGGAAUAACUACAAAAUCCCUAAGAAAGUUGAUUCAAAAGUUGACAAUGUCAGAAGACGAUCUAACAAAUCAAAAAAGAGACCCCACUCUCAUUCACGAAGCAAGUCAAGAAAGAAAGCUAAAACAUCUCGCAAGUCAAAGUAUGAUUAUGACAGUAGCAGUAGUAGCUCUUCUGACACUGAUACUAGUUUUUCAAGCUAUGAGUCAGCAUCCUCUUCAUGCUCUCAAAGUUGUUUCGAUCCUCUCCAUGAGGUAGAAAAGGAAAGAUUCCAUCUUGACAAAAACCAAGAGAAAGUGGUUUACAAAUACUGGCGUAAGGAACUCAUGUCAAAAAAUGACGUUAAAAAACACAUUUUAGAUGAGUGUCCAAAGCCCACUUCCAAGGGUCUCAAACCAUUGAAAAAAAAUAGGAAAAUUACCAAACUAAUUAACAAACAUGUAAAUAAUUAUGACCAACAGUGGAAGGUUGUACAAGAGAAAAUUGGUGACAUCAUGGGACCAUUGUCCAAGUUAUGGAAUCUCAUUGACAUGGGCUCACAUACAGCGGAGUUAGACAUCGAGUACAUUAAAAAACUGCUCGACUCCACUGUAAUCUUGGCAGGACAAUCUAGCCAAAUGAUAACAUAUUACAGAAGAUACAAUUUUCUCAACCCUUUGUUUGGGUACAAUAAAACUGACACAAAAGAGUUUAUUGAAGAGAACAAGAAAAACUUUCGCAAAGACUUGGACACAGAUGAGUUGAUAGGCAAUAAAGUCUAUAAAGAAUUGAUAAAUUCAAGUAAAGCAGCAAAAGAAAUUGAAACCUUAAAAAAGUUGCUGCCAAAAAGAAACAGGCGCUUUCAGAACAACCCCUCUAACGCAAACAGUUACCAAGGUAGAGGGGGAUUCAGAAGAGGUAACAAUUCAAACUACUCCAACAAAGGAAACAGAAGUACAGCAUAUGGCUCCUCAAACAGAGGACGCAGAAAUUCUACCAACACUGGUGGACAAGGAACCAAUGCCAAACAAAGGACCUGAAGAGUAGGUGUUGGACCAGUUGUGGAGUUGUCUUCCGAGGAUCGAGGAGAUUCGAAGAACAUUUUCUUCAAUGACACUAAUGGAACUAAUAUGUUUCACUUAGACUUACUAAUCACGCAGUUAUUAGGAUAAGAAGACUUAGUAUAUUACUUCACUCAGUGGAGAAUUAACUUAGACCCCACACGAAGUGAGAGGACAGUUUUAUUUGAAUUAUCAGAACCGUCAGUUGCUGACUAUUUUAAUUUCUUCACAAGCAGUGAAUGUUUGACUCACAAGAAGUGAGAUCACAAGUUUAUCUUACUGGAGUAAUCUUCAUAUUAAGUGAAUGUUGUCUCAAAGUCAUGAGAACAAUAAGCAAUAAUGACUAUGAUUUAUUAUGGAGGAAUUUUUCUUCAACAAUAGUGGAAAUUUGGUCUCACAAGUAAUGAGAUCACUGAAUUGAGUAAGAAUUCCGCAUAUUUGUAACUCACAAGGAUUUAAAUAUACCAUGGUUAAUAUUAAGGAUGCGUUAUUUAAUUUACAUCAUACCAAACUGUUAGUGUGUGUCCGACAGCCAGGAAUAAGGCCGAGGUUUACUGCAUUACGUAGCUCAUUAAUUUGAAUUCAUUCAUACGUAAAAAGGCUGUUCACCUUGACCAAUAGCAUUAAGAAGAAAAAGAUCUGAUAAAAAGUAAAAGAAGAAAAAGAAACAUAAAAAGGAAAAGAAAG